AUGGCUCAGCCCAACGAGUUCGAUGACCAGAAGAAUGAUCCCGCGAUGGUUGACUGCCUCCCGGCCAAUAAUUCUAUGAUUGAAGGCAAUAAGAAAAAGCUGAACAAGAGAUGGAAAAACAAGAAGAACUCCAAAGUGCGCCAGUAUCCUCUCAGUCUGGGGAUGGACCAGCAGGCCAGCCAGGUAUCUGCCCCAACACAGUGUAUCCAAGAUCAAGAUCUUGCUUCCAAGAAGAAGCAAGACCGCAAGCCCCGCAACGCCUGGAACAGCACGCGCCAGAAAAAGCUGAGAUCCAAAGGGCGGAAGGCAGACAAAGCCAAAAAGCGCGAAAAAAGAUCCCGCCAUGCUACUGCUGCUACGAAGCAAGGUUCAACUACUGUCCAAGCCAUGGGGCCAUUCGCCGACUUGGUGACGUCCUCCGAUCUUACUAUGGCUCUUCCACAGGCCAGUGUCUUUGUCGAGUCUCAUCAAACCGACAUUGUUGAGAGAGAGGAUAAAGGCAAGGACGCGGAGAUGGGCGAUGUCAACAUAGAGGGAGGAAGAAACACUCUCUUGAAAUCUGUGCAGGGUUCCACUCACGCUGUGACUCUCUCCUUCAGACCGAAAGUCUAG